CCCGCCGGGAUUUGGGAAUCAUCCUCGGGAAUCGUCUUCAGGAAUCGUCCUCCUCCUCCUCCGCAUCUCCGCAUCUUCGCUGCUGCCGCGUCUCGACUUACUCGCCGGGGACUGAGCCCGCAACCCGCAACGGAGCGGCGGAAAGUGGCAGGCUGUGCGUCUUUGCGUUAGCCUUGCCCCGGACUCGCCCAGAGCCCCGCGCGCUCAUCUGAGCGCUGCCUCAGGGUGGCCCGGGUCCUCUCUGGGGUGCAUGGGGCGGCACUGACGGCUUGGCGGUGCAAGCCCACUACUGCUCCAACAUGAACAUCGUGGGCGGCUACGCACACCACCACCACCACCACCAUCACGCGCACCCCGCGCACCCUGUGCUCCACGAUCCGUUCCUCUUCGGUCCGGCCUCGCGCUGUCACCAGGAGAGGCCCUAUUUCCAGAGCUGGCUGCUGGGUCCCCCUGACGCCGCUCCGGACUUCCCCGUCGCUGGGCCACCGUCUGCAGCCGCGGUGGCCUCAACCUCUGCCCCUUACGGUCAGGACUCCAGUUCUGGCCAGAGCCCCGGGCAUCUGGAGGCCCUCAGCGGCCGCCUGGGGCGGCGGAAAGGAUCAGGACCCAAGAAAGAGCGAAAACGCACAGAGAGCAUCAACAGCGCGUUUGCGGAGCUGCGCGAAUGCAUCCCUAACGUGCCGGCCGACACCAAGCUCUCCAAAAUCAAGACUCUGCGCCUGGCCACCAGCUACAUUGCAUACCUGAUGGACGUGCUGGCCAAGGACGCGCAGGCCGGCGACCCCGAGGCCUUCAAGGCAGAAAUCAAGAAGGUCGAUGGCGGUCGCGAGAGCAAGCGGAAAAGGGAGCUGCAGCAGCAUGAAGGCUUUCCUCCUGCCCUGGGCCCAGGCGAGAAGAGGAUUAAAGGGCGCACAGGCUGGCCACAGCAAGUCUGGGCGCUGGAGUUAAACCAGUGAGCCGAGGCGCGCGGAGGACCCCGCCACCGCGGCCCACCCCGAGGCCCGGGAGGAGAGGAAGGUGGCCGGGAGUGCCAGCCUCUGGGUGCCAGGGGCUCAUGGGGCGCUUUCUGCCGAGCCUCUGCUAUGAGCUGGCAGGUCGCUGGCUGCAACAACACACUUGGAUCGCACGUGCAAUGUCAUUUGAAAUUGUUUUUAAUACAUUAAGAGAAAUAGAAAUAUAUAUAUAUCCACCCCCACAACGGAGAGGGCGGCUCUUGGCGGAACUAUGUGGGAGGGAGGGACUGCAGGACCUGAGUGGGCUAAGGCGCCAAUUCCAACCCUUCUGGGGCGAACGUGGAGCCCCCGGCACCUUCCCCACCGUGCUGUCUGGUUCUCUUUCUCAUCCCCUCUCUGCUUCCAGUCAAAACCCUCCGGCCGUCAGUCCCCUGAUGAAAAUGCAAUAAGAGGAAUCAGUAGGUUACCUGCCAAGGACAGAGGACCAGAUCAGGGAGAUGGAGGGCAGGGUUUUGUGGAACUCCCUCAGACAGUGGUGUUUUUAUUUUUCAUCGCUGCACUUCCUACUUAGUUCCAACGGAAACACUCCCCUCUUCUCUCCUUCCUUCUUUUUCUUUCUUUCUAAAUAAAAGCUUUUCCCUACGUUGAAAAGUUUUUAUGUAUUUAAACUACCUACAGUGCCUGCUGCGCUCAGGUGUUUGGUGUUCGUUUGUACUCCCGUCCCCACCCUUCUUCUACCUCAAAUCUACGUGACCACUCACCGCCCCACCCUUUGCCAAAGCAGUAUCUAUGCUCUUGACUAAUAAAACCUUUU